AUGUGCUUAUAUGGUUCUUUUAACAAAGAUGAUGUUAAAAAUUGUGGAUUUUUAAUUAUUGGAUUUAAUGGAAGUAAUCCUGUUUCAUCUUGUUCAACUCAUGUUUUAUUAGGAGGUUAUGAUGUAUAUAUUGAAAUUGAAAUUAGUAGUAACUUAGAUGAAGAUGCUUUUAAUGAAUCUUUUGGUAUAAAUGAAUUUAAAAUUAUAGCUGAUGAAUGUAUGCAUUAAUGUGCUUAAUGUAAGGACUCUGUAUCUUGUAGUUCUUGUUUUAAAGGCCAGUAUUUAGAUUUAGGAGUUUGUUCUAACUGUAUUUCACAAUGCGAAUAAUGUAGUAAUGGGACUUCUUGUGAUUUAUGCAAAAAUGGAUUUUUUUAUAAUGAUUUUUAAUGUGUUUCGGCCUGUCCAAAUAAUAAAUAUGUAGAUAAUAUAAAAAGAACUUGCAAUGAUUGUAAUAUUAAAUGUAAAACUUGUUCUAAUGCAACCGAUUGUGAAACUUGUUUUUUGAAUAGAGAAUUACCUGGUUGUGGAUGUCCUGCUCAUAAUUAUGAUAAUUUGAAUUACUAAUAAGCUUGUUUUGCAUGUUCUAAUAUAUCUGAUGGAUGUUCUACUUGUAAUGAUAGGACUUGCUAAGAAUGUCUAGCGCCGCGUUUUUUAGAUGGAAAUUCAUGUGUAAAUAUUUGUCCUUCAGGUAAGUGGGGAAACACGGCAACCAGAUAAUGUACAGCUUGCUAAGCUAAAUGUGUAACUUGUUCUAAUGACAAUACUUGUGACACUUGCUUUGAGAAUAGAGUUCCUUAAUAAUGUAAUUGUCCUUAAUAUUCCUAUGAUCCUAGUGCUUUCAAUUAAGCUUGUACUAUGUGUUCUACUUUUUCAACUGGAUGUGCUACAUGCAAUGCAACUGAAUGUCUUACAUAUAAUGUGAUUCAUGCUUAAGUAUAAUGA